GAAUUUCUUAUGAACCAUAUAUUUUCUGUUUUCAGGUAAAGGAGACUGAAACUAGAGCUCAUCUUUCAGAAUAGGCUGUAGUGAUGUCUUCUUUCAGAGCUAGUUCAAACAGCUCUGUCAUCAUUCACCCGCCAGGAUUCUACAUCAUUGGAUUUGAGUCAUUUCCCUUCAUAUCCGUGUACUUCAUCUUCCUAGCGUUUGUUUAUUUGUUGUCUCUUCUGUUCAACAGUCUGCUUAUCUAUAUAGUUGCCGUUAAUCACUGUUUGCACACCCCCAAAUUUUUGGCCAUCACCAACCUGGCAAUGAUCGAUUUAGUGCUUAACACCUGCACCAUUCCCAGCAUGAUAAAGGUUUUUCUUAUCAAGGAUAAUUUUAUUCCAUUUAACCUGUGUCUUGUUCAGAUGUUUGUGUAUUAUGCUUUUGCAACACUGGAGUCAUACGCACUCACUAUACUGGCCUAUGACAGGUUGAUUGCUAUAUGUUUCCCUUUCCGGCAACACUCAAUCAACACAUUGCGCACCAUGUGCUGGAUCAUCAGCAUUACCUGGUGUUUCAGUCUUGGACUCACAACAUUCAGUACAAGCUCGAUGACACGACUGUCUUUCUGCAACUCUGUCAAGGUGUUCAGUUAUUUUUGUGACUAUGCACCUGUGUUUCGACUUGCUUGUAAUGAUUACUCGUUGCAGUGGUCUGCAGCCUCAUGGCUCUCGGUUCUGCUCCUGGCAGGACCUUUUACUUUUAUCGUCCUCUCUUAUGUGAGCAUCCUGGUGACUGUGUUCAAGAUGAAAUCUCUGGACCGUCGAGUGAAGGCUUUGGCCACGUGCGUUGAGCAUAUAAUUGUAGUUGCUAUAUUUUACAUUCCUCUUCUUGUUAUUUUCACCAUUGGGUUUUAUGCAAGAGCUGUUGAUCCAGAAAAGAGAGUUCUGAGUCUCUCGCUGGCAUCUUGCAUGCCUCCGUGCAUCAAUCCUAUCGUGUAUUCACUGAAAACCAAAGAGAUCAAAAUCAGAGGACUGGCUCUAUUAAGAAAAACCAAGGUUAAUGCAAAAUUUUAAUUGAAAUCUAAAAUAGUUCUUGUGGAAUUUAAACUGAGUAUUAACCUAGAAAUUGUGGUUAAGAACUGAACUUGUGGUAAAUGUAAUCGCUGACAAAAGAAACAAUAAUUUUUGUUCUUUUUGGCCAUCUUAGAGGUUUAAAUCUCAAAGCGUUAUUGCAUCAAUGUGUCUCAUGAAUAGAAACGUGAGUCAUAAAUUAUUUGACUUUCAGUAAAAUCUAGUUUUAAUUAAAGGCACUGACUGCAAUCUUUUUAAUUAUCUUUUAUGAAUACCACCUGCUUGUUUUUUAUUUAGCAAAACUGGUUUAACCACAAUGAGAA